AUAUGCAUAAAAUUAAUGACUAGAUAAAACGUUCAAAAGACAUACAAGGCAUUGCAAAAUUAGUGCUAAGCUAUAUAAAGUAUUGAUUUGUAAAGGGAUCACUGAUGUUUAUCGUUUUCAGCUGCAACAACUAUAUCUACUGUAAGCAUUACGACGAGCUUUUGUUCAUGAAAUAAUAAUCCCAAAAAGUGAUAUGUCAUUGAAUAAAAUCACUUUUUAUAGGUUUAUGUCCAUAUAUCAUUUGUUCAGGAUUGAGACAUUAAGCUGCAAAACGCUGGCAACGGUUGUAUACAAAAAUAGCUAAUAAACAUGAAAAAAGCGAAAAGGAUAACAACUGAUGCGGAUGCAAUUGAGAAAAAACGCGACAGUUUUAGAUAUUAUAUUUUUAGCAGUUAUACCGUUCGCAGUUCGAUGGAUAUAUUGCCGCCGUGUCAGAACGCUAUCUGAGAUUCUCUUUAAUUGGAAAUCUCAGACAAGCUAUUGGAGUUCAGCAGCUGUCCCUGUAGUGUCUAAGGAAUGCGUAUAAAACUGUUGUUCCUACAAGGAUUAAUAAUUUGUUCAGUUAAAAUAGCCUUAUAUCAGUUUUGUGUCCUCAUGUACUUUGUGGAAUUUUUACACCGCCAGAGAUCUUAUUUUACCGCAACAUAUAUUUCAAAAUAGUGACGUUUUAAUAGUUUAGAAUUUUCUGUUAAUGCUGUAAACUUUCUGGAUUUAAAAUUGAACAUCAACGAAGUAAUUAAGAGAUAAUGAAACGUGUGUGUAAGUUGUAAUUACGUGAGGCAUUCGAGAUGGAAGAUGAUGCACGUGAGGGAUCAUUAUGACGUCAAUUGUCAAAAAAGUCUUACGAAGCUCUGGUAAAAAGAAAAGAAAUAAUCACGGAUCUGAAAAGGGUCGGCGGUCUUCGGUUCCAGAGAAUCCACCAUCUCCCGAUCUGACUGGACUGAAUCCAGAAGAAUUAGCUAUUCUUAAGGAUGUCCUUAGGAGACAGGAAGAGUUAGAGUCCGAGGAGGUUGACAGACAACAACGUCUCCGUGAACACCUAGUAACUUACGAAGACGAGGUGAAGAAACAUGCCAGCCAGAAAAGCAAGUUUAAGAAUGUGGACCUGCGUCUGUGCAGACUCUGCUAUAAGACCAAAUUUGCCGACGGAAUUGGAAAGGCAUGCUAUGAUUGUCAUAAACGUGUUUGCAACAAAUGCGGCUCGUUCUCUCAGUCCACAUGGAAUGCGAAGAAAAACAAGAGUGUCAGAGGUAAAUGGCGAUGCAAUAUGUGUCAAAUGAAGCGUGACGUCGUGGCAAAAACGGGAGUAUGGUACCAUGGAAACGAAGGACCGGAGAUAACUUCAAACAAAUUCAAGACGAAAUUGAGUGCGUCUGAAAUAGACUCUUCAGAAAAUGACGGACAACAUCAUAUUUCAACAACAGACCCAACACCAGAAAACGAGGAAAGAGACGAGUCGGAUGUUUUUUCGGAGGGAAGUCCCGGAUCGUCUCGGAUAAAAGCCACGAAACGUCCAUCAAAAUCUUGUCUGCGGCGCCGCAGCACGUCUCAGUCAGAGAUGGACGACGUCGAUGAUGGGGUUGAUGAUGAAAUUAACAUAGAACAGUUUCAGAAAGAACGUCAGAUCAGUCGUAUGCAAAGGCAUAGUAAACGGUCAAGAAGAAGACUUUGGAGCGGCAGUAUGUCUGACUGGAGUAGUAAAGACGGAUAUACCGACACUGAAAAAAAGGUUGACGCAUCUAGCAGUGACGCUGUUGCGUAUGAAACUGGUUCGACGGAUUACUACCAAUCUACGGACCAAGACCGUUUUACAAGUAGUGACAGGUCGCCGGAUCGGAAAGAAAGAAGUCCACGCUGUCCAAAACGGACUCCUAAAAGUUCGAGUCUUCAAGAAAACUGGCGAGUGACCGAGGACGGGUCCGGAAAACCUGUCAGUCGUGCAUUAUUCCGACAAAAACAUUCGUUUGAAGAAGAUUAUAGAGAUAAAUACCACCCCAGAGGUAGUAUUCGUGAAGAGCCAUGCUCAUUUAAACUAGACAGACGUGACGUGUCUUCACAUUAUGAGAAAAUAGUAUGUUCUAGAAGUAACAGUGCUGAAUCGAGUAGAAAUAGACGUCAAAAACAUCCCGCAUUACGUGAGCAACAAUCAAAUGACAGAAUGCCUAUUAUCGAAAUAUCAAAAAAUCAAAAUGAAAUUGUGCCUUCAAUCACUAGCUCAAAAGAAAAUCUAUAUAAAAGGACUAGACCGAGUGGAUUCCAGAGAGAAAACAUUGAAAGAGAGCAUGGAGAUCCACGUGAGUCUCGCUAUUCGUGUGAUUCUAGGAUAUCGCGAGAUUCCGUAUCUUCGCAUGAUUCUCGUGUAUUGCGUGAAUCUCGGUUUUCGCGAGAUUCCUGUACUUCCUUCGAUUCUGUUGACACCUCGCCAGUACCAAUAUCAGGAGGUGUGCGCCGAAAACUCGAGAGACAAAAUGAGACCUGUUACAGUAGUUCAUCAAGUAUUUUUUCAGACAGUAAACCAUAUCAGACAUACGACACAGCUCGAUUUGAGCUGUCCGAUACAUCUCCGUCCAAAGUUCAAAGUGUUCACGAAGAAGUUGAAAGACAAAAUAUUGCUCAAAAAUUGCCACGUAGCGCGAAUAAAGGGCUUACCGCCAAUCGGCUUUCAUCAAACAGUCUUUCUCCCGACAUGGCCUUACACAGAAGUCAUCGUGAAAAAGUCAGUAGAAGAAAUGACGCCUUCCUGCAGAGAGCUGGCUCAGCAUCUCCAAAGAUGAGCUCAGAUCAUGAAUAUAGUGGUUCCCCUGGCAACGACAUCAUUAGAGAUACAUAUAAUCGCAGGAUGACACUCCCGCACUGCAUAAAUAUUGAUAUUCCUCAACGGAAACGACCAGACAGUCAUUCAACAUCACGUGUACAUGAAAUAAUAAUUCAUCGAAACAAGAGGGAUGAUUCCGUAAGAACCCAAGGGUUAGGAAUGCGUGUAGUAGGUGGUAGGCGUGUAUCAGGUGGUCGUCUUUGUGCGUAUGUCACCAUGGUGAUUAAAGGAGGACCAGCUGACAGACAGGGUAUUUCCGAAGGUGAUCAAGUUGUUGAGUGGAAUGGUCGGUCUCUUCUUGACGUCACAUUUGAAGAAGCCCAGGAAAUUAUCAGCCAAUCAGGAAGCAUCGUUCAACUGUCAAUCAUUCAUGGUGCUUUAAAAACAGGUAGCACCCAGAGUCUUAGACGAGAUCAUCCAAUAAUAAUCAAGUCAGAGACACUGCCGACGGUACAAUCCUUACCACUGGAGACGUAUUUUCUGGGGCGGCCAAAAAGAAGAAUGUUACCAAAAACUCCCGUUGAGAUCAAAAGGGACGUAAAGAAAAUAAAUGGACGUCUGUGGAUACAGUUAGAUUAUGACGUCAACUGUAAUUGUCUACUUGUUGUAUUAUUGCGCGGUGAGGACAUAUUGUCAGAAACGCAAGUUGAAGGUCGUGAACCAAACACAUUGGCGAUGUUGCAUCUUCUCCCAAACAGACACGCACACGAAGCCAAAGAAAGCGACAUUAAACUUAAUACCAAAGAUCCUAACUGGAAUGAAACAUUCGUCUUUGCAAAUAUUGAACAAUCUGAGAUAACGUCUCUGUCGAUAGAAGUCACCGUAUGGAAUUAUCGCGAUCCAGAGGACGAAUUUCUUGGUGAGGUACUGCUAGAUCUUGGAGAGGCCAAGAUAGACAACUCUGUUAACUGCUACCAUUUAGAAGACCACGAUGAGAAUUCCUCCCCUUUGCCUUACAGGAAGAAAUCAUUUUCAUUAUCGGACUCCGCUGUAAGUCCCGCAACUUCUGUUGACACAUCCAGCUUCUAUCCAAGCCGGGACCCAAGCCGGGAACCAUCUCCCAGAUCAUCAGUAUCAGUAGCGACAAAAGAAACAAACAUCCGGAAAUUGUCUCUCACUCCGGCAAAUGAAAAAAUAAAGGAAUUGCUAGUGCAGGGGAAGCGAAGCCCGUGUCGGGAAAGGCCCGAGUUUUCAUCAUCCGCACAUUCGUCGCCUCUUCACUCCCCUACCAGUACAGAGUUUAAGAUGACUAGCAGUUUGACGUCACUAGUGAGAAGGAAGAUCGGGGUUGUUGCAAGGUUGUCAUCAACCUUAGCUUCACUUAAAAGAGAAUCAGAUCAUGGUGCUGCUAUGGUCCGAAGUCAGAGUGAUACGGACGUUCGAGAUUCAAACUUACUACAGCCUUGCUCUACACCGCAGCAACCAAGGCGCUCGUUCGAGUGCGACCCAAAGAGAUAUGACCUACUGGCGCCUCCUCAUCCGUUAAACAUAUCAAGUAGUUCCGGGAACACAUUUUUCGAUGACCGUGAUUCGACAAAGAGCCCCAAUCCUGACAGACCAGCACCUGAAGGAGACGACAUUACCUCCCUUCUCGGGCCGGGACAGACUGCUCCAAAACCUUCAUAUGAGACGAAUGUGUGUGGCGAUAUAAAGAUGGGAUUUAUGGUUUCCAAAGGUCAGCUAGAGAUUGAUAUUGUCGUGGUAAAAGGUUUGAUGAAAUCUGGAAUCUCAAGUCCGCCAGAUACAUAUGUGAAAACUUACCUGGUUGAAGGUGCAAAGACAGUACAGAAGAAGAAAACACAGACCAUACGUAUGAGUUUUGACCCAAUUUUCAGGAAAACCAUCCGAUACUCAGCCUGUAAUAUACAUGGGCGCUAUAUCAGGGUGAAUGUAUGGGAAAAACAAAAGACAUUUGACAGAAAGCAGUGCCUUGGGGAGGCAGUGGUCAAACUGGACAGCUUAGAUCUCAGCCAGCAUACAAUGGCCUGGUAUAAAUUAUUUCCCCUUGGUGCUGCAGAAAUUGGGAGUACAGAGUCGCUCAACUUUUGGCCUGUUCAUUAGCAGAGCAUAUACGACAAUAACCUACAACUCAGACUGUGUAUUAAAAGCGCAAUUUUGGCAAACAAGUCGAAAUUUUCUUGCCAUUAAGGUUGAAGUGAACAAUGACAUUUCAACCACCGCAUGUGUAAUACUGAAUCUUGGUGACACAAUUCAGUUUAUGUAUUGAGAGCGUAGUCUCGGCAACCAGUCCGGAAAUUUCUUGCCAUAAGGUUGAAAUGAACAAUGGUAUUGCAACAACAUGUAUAUUACUGAAUCUAGAUAACUCGAUAAGUGCAAGUAAAUGGAAGAGUCUUGUUGUUGUAAGAUUUGAAAUAACCAAAGAAAUUACAACAGUAUACAUGUAUAUGACGCCAGAUUUACACAACGCGAUAUGUGCAGUAGUGAAAACAAGUAAAUUGAAGUCUUGUAGCUACAGAUUCGAAAUAAAGACACUGCAACAGUAUUAACAUUCUUGCUCCAAAUUUAGACAACAGGAUAUGUGGAUUUAGAAUGUGGAAACGGCAAGUAAAUGCAAGUCUUGUUGCCACCGCAUCCGAAACAAACAAAGACGUAGCAACGGUAUUUAUGAAAUUUAGACAACAUGAUAUGUGCAUUUAGAACGCAGUGACAGCAAGUAAAUGCAAAGUCAUUUUGCUAUAGAAUUUAAAAACAACAAGGCACCGCAGCAGCAUUUUAAACGCUAAGUGCUCAAAACUAAGGAAGUGAUAAAGUUCCUACUCAUUUUUAAAAAGAGGAUACCUAGCGCAAAAUACACAAGGCAGUAUCGCACGAAAACAAUACAUGUAGAUACAAAACUCUUACUAAAAUGUAUUUGAUUCUUGAAUUUGGAUAGAAAAAUACUUUAUGUUUCCAUCAAAUUUGGCAUAACUGUUAGCGUUAACAACACACACUCGUCAAAUGAAUGCGUUACCUUUUGUGUGGUAGUGCGCGCUAUACAGGAAGCCUUUGUUAUUAUUUACUGAUGUCACCAUGCCGAUACGGGUAUGAUUCAUGGCUUCAGAACUAAUUUAUCAUUGGCAGACAGAUAGAAGGGCCUUGUUGGGAAUUUACCUGUUAUACUUAAUUCUUUGGGAAUCCUACUAUAAGGAUUUAUCCUGCGUAGUGCCAGAAAUAGUGACAUUACAACAUCAGUGAGAUAUCAGUUAUGUCCAAAUAAUGUAUUAGUGCAUCGUAAACUUACGUAUGUUUCAACCAGAGCAAUUCUUAAAUACCUGAAGAAUGCCCCAGUGACAUUGCCAGUAGGUAGCCAUUUUGACAGCAGUUUGAUUUUAAACUGUUUUGCAUUUUUGUUUAAUAUCAUGUGUUGUGGAGACAAUCAUUUUACUAUUACAAACAAACCCAAAACAAUAGUUAUUUUAACAAAAUGGGAUUUGAUUGAUUCCACCAUCUUAUUAAGUGUACCAUUUCUUACACUUCUGUUACAUUCCUGUAUGUUAAAUUCCACAUUUCUUAUUACACCAUUAAUCAUUGAUUUCGUCACUAACUCUUAACUUCAAAAAUGAAUAUGAAAACAUAUAAAUACUAUACUCGAACACUUAAUAGUCAAAUUAUUCCUUUACAAGGAUCAGCUUCAGAAUAAUAUGUUGUUGUGAAGAUAAUAUCUGUAUAACCCAAGUUACAAUUCUUCGUAUAAAAUCUGUACCAAUUUAUAAAAAAAUCCAUUUAUUUUAUCAUAAUUUAUUACGUAUUGAUAAAGUUAUUUUUGUGUUCAAGUGAUAUCGUUGUGUUAAUUAUUCUAUCGUCACAUUAAGGAAGUGGAUCCAUGAUGAAUAUCGGCAAUAACCGCAUAAUUACGUAAUUUCCGAAUUUCACUUCGGUAUUCUUCGGCUAAAAUGAACACAUAGUUUUCUGUACCAGCCUGGAAAUCAUGUGGAUAAUUUGUUUACUAACGGAAAUUGCUGAUUGCCAAUUAUGGAUUCAUCACCUUCAUGAAAAGAAAAAAUGUUCAAUACUUAUUUAUGCCAAUAUAUUUAACAACUUUUGACGCUGAGGUGAUGAGACAGAACAAUAAAGUGUUGUGUACACACAGUAAUGAUAUACUGUAUAAGCUUAUAUACACUUUAUUACUGCCUGAUGUUGUCAUAUCAUUUUCUGUAUAUUAAUAAAAAAUAAGAUAGCAACAGUCUUUCACAAGCUUUAUUGGUUGUCUUUUCUUGGUAAAUUGUACACCUCCUGAAUGACUUGCCGGUCAAUAGUCCAAAAUAUUGCCUGAUUUGCCAAGCACUGAGAAACAAUAGUUUUGACUGUUUACCGGGAAGCAAUUCAGCGAGUAAUUUAUCACAUGACAACAUAAAUUAAUUUUCUUUUUUUUUUUUUUAAAUAUUUUACUUUUUUUCAUAAAAAUGACCUUUUUAAAACCAAUGAAAAGUUUAUGUGCCCUAAUGUGUAUUUUGUCUUGAGAUCUACAAAGAAUUUACAAAUUAAUAAACAGUACUGUACGAUAAUAAAUAAAUCAUAGCGGAACUGUUUAACAGUUAUUAUCAUUAUACAGGGGCCUGUAUCACAAAGUCUACUUUUGACAUAGUAAGGUGUUUCACGGAGAAUCCUUUUGACUUUUCGGCUAUUCUUAGAACCUGAGCGGAACAAAUAUAAGAUAGAUUUGUCCUAAAUUUGAAUGAUAUCUUCUUAAAAGAAUACAAGGUAAACCUAAUGGAAUGACUUUAUUUUAAAAGUCUGUAUUUAAGAGAGAACAUAUGAUGGUAUUUAUGAACUUAUGCUAAACGGGCCUCUGUUCAGUUUGCCUUUUUGACAAUCUUGUAUUGCUCAAUCGUUCAACAGUUCUAGAAGGGUUACAUAUAUGUUGCCUGACAGCAUUGUUUCUGAUGAUGUGCUAAUAUUUGUGUUUUGUGAUAAUCGCUCUUUAUGCUUGUUAACAGUUCUAAAAGAAUGUGAAUCAAAAGAUUUUAGUAACAGUAGAAUUAUACUUUUUACAA